GUUGUCGGCCUCACCGGGGGCAUCGCAACGGGCAAAUCCACUGUGUCCAACCUACUCAAGUCCCGACAAAUUCCAGUCAUCGACGCGGACGUCCUUGCACGAGAAGUCGUGCAACCUGGAACCAAAGGGCUCGCUCAAAUCGUCGCAUACUUCGGCUCUGAGGUGUUGCUCCAAGAUGGCACCCUCGACAGAAAGAAACUCGGUGCUAUCAUCUUCAACAGCGAAGCGAAGCGGAAGAAAUUGAAUUCUAUCAUUCAUCCUGCUGUCUCGCGUGCAAUUCUUCGGAAUGUGUUUUGGUGCUGGUUAAUAGGAGAGAAAUUGUGCAUUGUGGACGUCCCUCUUCUAAUAGAAGGAGGGCUGUGGAAAUGGAUGGGGAAAGUCAUCGUGGUCUACUGUUCAGCAGACGUUCAACUUCAGAGGCUCAUGGCGCGCGACAAUUCAUCCCGCGAAGACGCUUCAGCGCGCCUGAAUUCGCAGCUUCCCAUAGCGCAGAAAGUGCAGUAUGCCGACAUCGUCGUUGAUAAUUCUGGCACCUUACAAGAUCUUGAAGAGCAAGUUCGUUUGUGUCUUGUGAAGUUAGAACGGAAAGUUGGAUGGUCGUGGCGGCUUAGUUGGCUUUCCCCCCCAUAUGCUUUGAUUUCGGCGCUGUGGACGUUGGGGUGGGGGUCUAUGAAACGAUCGCGACGACGAAGUCGGAGGCCACUCGAAGGAGGCUAGACUCUGACGGCUCAUGAUCUCUUAUCCGCUUGUGUUAUACUACAUAUGUCACGAUGCAUAGACACUAAUGCAGAGUGCGAAAUGCGUAUCAUAAAAUAAUGGUGUAUGCGUAUGGUACAACAGGUCCUGCAAUUGUCCUGCCCCGGGAGUGCCUGAUACUGUUUCAUGCAGGAAGUCCCACGACCUGCUUCAACAACAAGGCAGCGGAUGUAUGGAUCCAAGAAGUACACACCGGACUGGGCGAUAGGUCCAGACUGAGCGGACGCGUACGCACGCAUCAGACAGGGAGAAGUCUGGGAAAUUUGGUGUUUGAAUGGUGCGGUUGGGAGGAUGCCGCUGCAUUUGCCAACUGUCCUAGAAAGUGGGAUGGGACCUCCACGGUGCGCCGCCCUCGAAACGUCCGUUGGGAGGGAGCCUAGUUGCUGGGCUGCCAGAUGCUGCCCUGGCCAAGUUAGUUAACCCUCAGGGUUCGAGU